UUCUGCUCAGAACGAGGCAGGCGGUUUUGCAACGUGGGAGAGCUCCUAGCGGGCUAUGCGGGGCCUAACUAGUUCCUGGCAGCAAUUUCCCCAACGGUCGCACUAAGGUGAUAGCGAUGUCAAAGCUACGACUUCUCCGAGCUUUGGUGCCGUCGGCACUGCUUCUAGACCCUUCUGCAGCAGCCAGUACAGGAGCAGGGGCUGCAGCCAUAUCGCAAGCUGGAGGACUUAUCGCUCAGUCGUUGCAGCAUUGUGCCGAUCUUGGUCACAGCUUCACUACAGUCAGUUCUCCUCAUCGUAAUCAGCAAGAUCCAUCGGCAGAAGGGGAAAUCGUUGGCUCGAACGAUCAGGAAGCCGAUUCGCUAGUCCUGUCCGGCGCUGAUAACGAGGGAAGCCAAUCGGGACCGGAAAUUGCCGUAGGAUCAUCAGAUGGGCGGGGUGGUGGGGAGGACGACGGUUUUCGUGCGAGAUCGGAGCCAUGGGUUUUCAACUUGACCGAGAUCCCGCCAGAUUCGACGGCGGCGCGCUUGUCAGAGGAGAGUAAGGAGAACAUGUGGCUUCUGCAUCGUAAGGAUCCGGGUCAAUGGAGCGUCGCACGGCUGGCUCGCGAGUAUCGCGUGCGACAGCAGCGAGUGCAUGCGAUCCUGUGGCUCAAGGACCUGGAGAAGAAGAUGGAGGAGGAGCGAGGCGAGCCUCUUGACGACUCCAUCGCGAAGGAGUUCGAGGCUCAACAGGGCUCCUACAACAAGGCAGUGGGGGAGCGGCAUGUGAAGGUCUACCCAAGUGAGGCCGUUGACUCGCUCCCAGAGGGGCCGGAGAGAAUGAAAUUGCUGCUGCAGGAGUCGGAAAAGGAGGAAGUGUGGAAAGUGGAUGAGUUCGUCAAGAGAAUGGAUUUCAACAAGAAGCAGAUGGCUGAUGGACCAGUCAAAGUCAAUGCUAUGGAACGCCGUAGGCCUCCUAAUGGCUGGACUUACCUUGUGGAGGAGCUUGGGGAGGCUGGUCGCCGUGGUCGCGGUGGAGGCUAUCGCUUUGUGGUUGAGCCAGGGGUUCGACGGCGUGGUUUAACUGCUUUGGAGAAAGAGUUUUUAGAACGAGAGACGUCCCGCCGACGACGUCGGCUCAUUCCACGAUAAAUAGCAGUCUCACAUCAAACCCUCUUUUCUUCCGCAAUUUAGGGCGCUGCCGCUUUCCGCUUACUCGGCCACUCCACACUGAGCAAAUUGGUCACAUCGAAAUUUAGUCCAGUUUCAGUAGUCAGGAAAUUGUUCUGCUUGAAGUUUAAAGCGAGCGUACA